CAAGGCAUGGAUUUUGGCUCAAGCCAGUGAGGGUUAGCUAGUUGGGACAAUUGGAUCAGAAUGACAACCUUUUCACGAUGGCCUUUCAGCAUGUUCGGCCAGAGCGACAGGGAAGCUCGGAAUGACGACGGGCUACAAGAUCUUCGUGAUGCCUUGGAGAGGGCGGAGGAAGCCGUGAGUGCCUCCUCCUCGGACACGGAGGAAGAGCGCGAGCGGAAGGAGGAGAUCCUCGAUGUGUUCCGUACAAAGUUAGAAGAGUUGGAAGUUGAGACUCAGAGGUUUAAGCUCCAUGUGUGCAGCGCCAUGAGUGGUGAGCCUCUGGCACAAGUUCGCUUGAAGCCCAGCGAUUCAGUCUUACAGCUUUGCGAAGCAGUGGUGAAAGAGAUGGGCGAGACGAACACCGUGGUGUCGCAUUCGCUGAUCUUCAAGUCGGAGGUACUCCCGCAGCACAGAUCCUUGAAUGAAGUGGGUCUUCGGGACGGCGACACCGUGUACUUUGCACGAACUCCGGUGCGGUGUAUUACCGCCUCUCAUGAUGGCUCAGUCGGUUUGUGGGACUUCCACGAGACGUGCGAGGAGGAGCCCCAGUUGCGCCUGAGACCGGGCGGGGCCUUGAAGAGCGCGCAGAUCUCCUCGUCGACGCUACUGGCCAUUUCCACCGAGGAUGGCGGAAGUGGAAAGCUCUUCUGUACGGAAACGGGAAAGUUCCUUGCGAAACUCCAAGGCGGAUGUGCCUCAGCUUCUUUUUCGCCAAAUGGCACCAGCUUAGUUGGCAUCGACGCAGAUGGAGUGGCGGUGAUUUGGUGCGCGCAGACGGGUAAAGUUUUGCAAAGGAUGUUUGCGCCAAACGCAUCGUCUCAAUGGGAUUCGGACUCGGAUGAUGACACCGAGAUGAGCUUUGCUCAUUUCUCACCUUGCGGGAAGCUGGUGGUGACCGCUGCCGGCUACUGCACUCAAAUUUGGGACACCACAGGCAACUUGCGAUUUACUCUUCACGGUCAUCAAGGGGCCGUGCGAUCUUCCUCCUUCUCAGCGGACAGUCGGUUCCUUUUGACGGCUUCUUCGGAUGACACGGGCCGCAUCUGGAGCUGCCAGACCGGGAAAUGCCUGAGAGUCCUUGUGGGUCACCAGGGCGCGCUGAACGGAUGCAGCUUUUCGCCCGAUGGGCUUCGGGCCAUGACGUCGUCGAGGGACGGCACCGUGAAGCUCUGGGAGUUCGACGAGGGUAUCGAGGGCACUGGUGGAUGUGAUCAGCAUACUGAGUGUGCACUGAGUCUUGAAGGAGAAGGAGGAGUGGUGAGCUCAGCCUGUUUCUCUCCGGAGGGAUCUAGGCUUCUGAUCGCCUGCGCAUCAGACACCGUGAAUUUGAUCCAUUUGGCCACCGGUCAGCUGCAGUUGUCCUUAAAAGGCAAGCACACCGACUGGGUGAGAGCGGCCAGCUUCUCUCCUGAUGGUUUGUUGAUUGCCACCGCCUCGUAUGACGGAUCUGCCGGGAUUUGGAGUGCCUCGAGCGGGAAGUGCGUCCGCGUGCUUUCAGGGCACAGCCAAGCUGUUGUCACUGCCCAAUUAGCUGCCUAAGCUGGAGCUUCUUGCUGAGCUAAGAUCCUCUUUUACAUCGAUCUUGGACAAUCGCUCCAGUCGAUGGUCGACCUUAGUCCUUGUAUCUCUUUAACUUUCAAGAAAAGCGAGAAAUAAUUUCCGUGGUGCGUCGUUGGUUACAGUGGUUGCC